GCGCUCGGCGCUCGCUUGCUCAGGUCUGCACCCCCUCAGCUGAGGGAGCUGCGGGCGGGCGAUGCUCGGAGCCACCGCAACCGCAACCGCCGCAGUUUGAGCGAUCCGUCCGGUCCGGUCCGGCCCAGUCCCGCGGUGGUGGGGAUGGGGCUGGGCUCCAGCUCCGAGGUCCCCAACGGCGGCUCCGAGGGAUUCCAUGUUCACGGGGCAUUGUCUUUCUCAACAUCCCAAAGAGGUCUUCAGGGUACCAGCGCUGGUCCAAGAAAACUCCCCAGCUCAACAAGGAGGACUGGAACCUUUCUUUGAUUUCAUCAUUGCAAUAGGACACACUAGGCUUAAUAAAGAAAACAGUAUGUUGAAAGAUCUGCUGAAGGCAAACGCUGAGAAAGCAGUGAAGUUGGAGGUGUAUAACAUCAAAACAAUGAAAGUAAGAGAGGUGGAGGUGAUCCCCAGUAACAUGUGGGGAGGACAAGGUCUUCUUGGAGCCAGUGUGAGGUUCUGCAGUUUCCAGGGAGCCAAUGAACAUGUGUGGCAUGUUUUGGAUGUUGAACCUGGAUCUCCUGCAGCUCUAGCUGGUCUCCAGCCAUACACUGACUAUGUUGUUGGAUCUGAUCAGAUUCUUCAGGAGUCAGAAGAUUUCUUCUCACUGGUUGAAUCCCAUGAGGGGAAGCCCCUGAAGUUGAUGGUUUAUAACACUGAAGCAGAUUCCAUUCGAGAGGUAGUUGUGACUCCCAAUGGAGCUUGGGGUGGAGAAGGAAGCUUAGGAUGUGGCAUUGGAUAUGGCUAUUUGCACAGAAUUCCAACACAGUCAGUACUAUCAAAGAAGAAGCCAGAAAGCAAACCACCUACACCCUUACCAGAAGCUGGAACUCCUGUACCAACUACUAAUGGUUACACAGAGACUCCAUUAUUGGCACCCACUUCUCAGGCUGGCAACUCUGAAAUGCUUCUGAACUUGGAUCAUUCCACAAGUGAGGAAACGAGUGGUUAUUCACCAGAAAGCUCACUUUCUCCUCCUCCCCCUCUUCAGAGAGUAAUGGAUCCAGGAUUCCUAGAUAUGUCUGGUGCUUCAUUUCCUGAACUGACUGACUUAGCAAAUGUGUCCAGUGUGUCUCCAUCUGCCUCCCUCAACAUGCCAGCAGCAGAUGUGUCAGAAGGCUCAGAAAAGUUGCUGUCGAACAGUGAGGCUCCUGCUUAUUUUGAGAAUGCCAAAGCUUUGGACCCUGAAGAUGUAACCACACAUCCUGAAGGUUCAGUCAAGCAGCCUGAAUUGGAUGAGUCACUGCCUUCAAUUCCACCAUUACCUUCUUUUGCUCUCCCUACUGAAAUUUCUUCAAAACCACCAGAAACUGAUGCUGAUAACCAAGAAACAAAGCUGCUCUUAAACACGAUGGAGAGCUCCUUAACUACUACUCUGGAGAAAGGUGAUGAAGCAGCAAGUGAACAGAAAGAAGAAGCAGCUGCACAAGGUCACGAGUGAAAUGGAUGCUGCUCUGCUGCUCCUGUUUACAGACUGCCACAAGCUGUAAUACUACAGCUUGGAAUAUUUUUCUGAUCUUGAAAGAUUGACAGCUAUUCUAUUUUGUUAGACUAGACACUAUUAUAUAAGAAAUCAUAGGGAAUGCAUAACCAGCUGUCUUUUUCAAUUAAUGUUUAAUGGCUGGAUAUGUGUUCAAACUUUGAAUGCUGUCCAAAAUAACCAAAUUAAUGGAGAAAUUAAUGCAGAAAUAAGUUGGGGACUGGCAAAAUGUCAGGUUCCUGAAUUUAUGUUUGCCUACAACUGCUCCUGAAUGUAUUUAUGAAGGCAUGCUGCCUGGACAGUAAUGAUGAUUUUAGCAGUAUGAUUGAUGGAAUUAAAAAAAAUUAUUUAUGGUUUUGGCUUCCUGGAAA